AUGAGGAUGAAGACACAGGUGCUCGGACUCGAAGAAGUCGCAGUCACUACCGGUGAAGAAAACGAAGAUUCACUCCUCGAUCUGAAAUCGAAGUUGCAUCGGUUCGAUAUAGAUGGGAGUCAAUGGAAGGAGGGAGAUUUAGGUACUGUAAAGUUCUUGAAGCAUAGAGACACUGGGAAGAUUCGUCUCGUUAUGAGGCAAUCCAUAACUCUCAAGAUCUGUGCUAAUCAUAUUGUUACAUCGGGAAUGAGUGUUGUGGAACACGCGGAGAAUGACAAGUCUUGUGUAUGGCACGCUCGUGAUUUCUCCAAUGGGGAGCCCAAGGAUGAGCUUUUCUGUAUCCGCUUUGCUUCAGUUGAGAAUUGCAAAGCAUUUAUGGAAAAGUUCAAGGAAGUUGCUGAAUCUGAAGAAGAGAAAGAAGAGAGUAAAGACGCUUCGGAUGCUGCUAGUCUUCUUGAGAAGUUAACAAUGGAAGAGAAGCAUACCAAGGAGAAAAAGGAAGCGAAACCAGUUGAAAAGGUAGCAUCAGCAAAGGCAGACAAAGCUGUUGGAGAAAAGAAAACUAGAGUCUGUGCCCUCAGCUUAAGCUGCAUAUGCAUAUGCAUAGCUACACAAACACACAAGGCUAGGUAA